AUGGCCGAGAUUGGCUUGGUGGCCUCAUUGUUGGGCAUCUCAACCUUCGGUAUUCGGUUGACUACGGUCCUCUACAAUUUUGGCUCGACUGCUUCAUCGGCCAGAGAACAGACGGACUAUGUCGCCCGCCAUGUCACGCUCUACUCGGAUGUUCUCGAAAUACUCGCUCAGCGGAUCAACGACGACGAACCAAUCCACUCCCGCCAGGCUCUUGACCUAGUCAAUGACAUCUACGGCCAUUCUUGUGACCUGUUCGACAAGAUCCGAGAUCUCCUGCCAGACCGGGCCGACAAGGUCAGCUUCGUGGACAAGAUCAAGUGGAAUUUCAAGAAGACCAAGGUCGAUCUCCUGGUCUCCGAGAUCCAGUACUUGAAGAGCACCGUCAAUCUCCUGGUGAGCGUCCUGUAUGCCGGCCGGACCAUACGGAGGCACAAGCGCAAGAAGAAAUCCAAAAAGGCAGCGCAGGACGCAAUGGCCCAGUUCGCAAGGGCGCAGACUGCCAUUGUGGAACAGGUCAACGCAGCCGCCGUAAAGGAAGAUUGCCAGGCCAAGGCUGAACAGGACGAUCAAACAGCAGACGACGAGAUCACUGGCACAAAUGGCAAUGAUAAUGACAAUGGCAACGGCGGUCGCGUCUCUACGGCUCUGGUCAAGCAUUCGCCGCAUGUACCACCGUUAAUCAACACCACCGCCAUGGUCCAAUUCAGGCAGCUGGUGGGUCAAGCGAGCGAUGUUUCCGAGGAGCGAAGCCUUGUGAUGGCCAACUCGGUCGACUUGUUGAGAGAUUUGCUUGACCAAUGGACCAACCUGGAGGACGACGGCACCGUCACCGCAGCUGCAGCCGCCGCUGCAGAUGGAGCCGAGUCCUCCGCUCCACGAGCAGCAGACGAACAGGCGUCCAGUGAAGGCAACACCACGGCCGCAAGCCCGCAGCCGUCCGAAGAAGGGUUAUAUGACGUCUGGAGAAAUCAUUACCUUCAGUCGCAAAAAAGAGUGGAGGAGCUCGAGGCUGAACUGUCGAAGAUGAAGACAUCGCAAACUACCACUUCCCCCGCUGUCCACACCUCUCCUACCGACCCCUUCAGUGGGGGCAAUCCAGUGAUAGCGGAGGCGGUUGCGGAUACAGCUCGCAAACAUUUUCUUCCAUCAAGGUCGAGUCGUGAGAAGGAAGCAGGGAAGAAAACGCCCGACGGCCGAACGCUAGGACAAAGAGCAGCUCUCGCAGCUGCGGAGGCCCUUGGGAUGAGAACAUGGAAAACGGCCUCGGGUCGGCAAGAUGCAGGUCAGUCGAGACGGUCUUCCAGGAUGUCUAGCAAGCUUCCGAAGGAUUCGAGGCGGAGAGAUGACCAUCCGCGAGAACCACGCGUCGUGGGAACGACAGACUCACGCAACAGCCUGUCAGGUCGAGAGGAUAUGUUCGCCACGAAGGCCGCUGAUGAUUCUCGCUACACCACGCGACCCAAGGUUGUUCGGGAGGACAGUCUCACUGAUCCUUGGGGAUAUCCCUUGGGACCUUCCACUUCGGGAUAUCGAAGCCCAGGUGAUCGUGACCGUUACCGAGAACGUUCUCGAAGUCGUGAUCGGGAUAUAAGCCCUGGAAUUCGUGACCGUUACCGGGAGCGUUCUCAAAGUCGUGAUCGGGAUGCAAGCCUAGGGGCUGACGACGGCACUUUCGAGUACGAAAACAACUUCAACUACAACAACUACGGCAGCGGCUCCUAUGUGCCUCCCCUUGGGGGCUACACCCUUCCUUAUGACUCCCGACAACGUUAUAAGAGCUAUACUGGUGUCGACGGCAUCAAUGAUCGCUCCACAAUCCGACCGAACAUCAUCUUCCGAGAGAGAGUGCGUGACGAUGACAUCAGACGCCCCGAGGACCCUCGUCUUGAUAAAGGGCGUAAUAAUGAAUCUAUACGCAAGGAGGACCCCAGGUACCGUGAUGAUGAUUACCCGUACGUACGCAAGGAGGAUCCCCGGUACCGUGAUGAUGAUUUCAUGUACAUACGCAGAGAGGACCCCCGUUACCGUGAUGAUGAUUACAUGUACGCACGCUCUAAGGACUCUCGACCCGAUAUCGACCGCGCCUCGACGGAUACUAGGGCUUCUCCCGUCCGUGAGGGAGUGCGUGACGAUGUAUCCGUUCGCUCUGAGGACCCUCAUCUCGUUAUCCACCGCUCCUUCACUGACGGGCCAAACAUCAUCCGCCGUGAGAGGAGCCGUGACAAUGUGUUUGUUCGCUCCGAGAGUCCUCUUGUCGGUGGAGCCUCCGCCGCCACCGUCGACGCUGCAGUCAACCCCGUGGGCGGCAGAAGGCGCAAUGAGGAACGUGCUCCUUACGUCGAUCGAGACGAGUUGUUCGCGAACCCACCACUCCGAACGCACAGAGAAAAGUUGGGCUCAGACCCUCGUGUCAACGACACAAUUCGGCGCCACUUCUAUACGUGA